AUGGGCGAAGCAGUGAUUGAGGGAUCCAACUGGCGCCUCGUUGAGGUUGGCCGCGUUGUCGCCAUCAACGGAGAUCAUCCGUUCGCCGGCAGACUUGCUGCCAUUGUCGAGAUCAUCGACCACAAGCGAGUUCUCGUCGACGGCCCCUCCGCCGACCCUACUCUGGCUGUCCCCCGACAGGCCGUUCCCCUGUCCAAGUGCCUGCUCUCCCAGUUCGUCGUUGAUGGCCUCAUCCGUGGCUCCCGACACGGUGCCGUCAAGAAGCUUUGGGAGAAGAACGAGAUCGACGCCAAGUGGAAGGAGAGCAACUGGGCCAAGAAGCGCGAGCAGAUCCAGCGGAGGAAGAACCUGACCGACUUCGACCGCUUCAAGGUUUUGCGACUCAAGAAGCAGCGACGAUUCGAGGAGCGCAAGGCUCUGGCCAAGGUCAAGGCCUCCGCAUAG